AUGACCAUGGCAACAACCGUCAUCCUAGAACUGAGGCUUUUACCCACGACGCCAUGGGCCGAGCUAUUUUUCUGUCUUUCCACUGGGCCAGCUGGCCAGACAGCCGUCGGGAAUCCCCAACAAGCCACAAGCAUGGACGAACGGUUAAAUAGCAAGCAUCCCUCCCGAGUAAAUGCAAGAAACAAUCCGAUCACUCCAGCCAACAAGGACAUCUACAACAAAGAGCACGACACUUUGGCCACCAAGUCUCGGAACACUUAUAUAUAUCCUCUAUCCCCUUCUUCUUCUUCAUCCACGACGCCAAAAAAACAAAAAUCUGCCACGAUGAAGUCGACCAUCAUCAUUGGAGCCUGUUAUGCUGGCAUGACGGCCGCCGCCCCCGCUCGCUCCCUUGCCGGCCGCCAGGUGUCGACCGAGACGGCCUCGAACGAGGGCCUUGCCCUUCUCCUCCACGCCAUGACCCUGCGGCCCGUCCAGAACAAGGCCGCCAGCGCCUCCAGCGUCAAGGGUGAGGCCGGCAAGGAGGGUGAGGCCGGCAAGGAGGGUGAGGCCGGCAAGGCUGGUGAGGCCGGCAAGGCUGGUGAGGCCGGCAAGGCUGGUGAGGCCGGCAAGGCUGGUGAGGCCGGCAAGGCUGGUGAGGCCGGCAAGGGUGGCGAGGGUGGUGAGGCUAAGCCCGAAGGUGAAGGUGGUGAGGCCAAGCCCGCAGGUGAGGGUGGUGCUGCCAAGGGCCCCGAUGGCGGCAACGGCGGCAACGGCGGCAAUGGUGGCAAUGCUGGCGAGCCUCCCAAGAAAUAA